AUUAUAAUUUUGUAUGUCAUAAAAUCAAUUUAUGUUGGUCAAGUGGUUACAUAGGUGUUGGGGUUCGAAUUCAACAUUGUGUAUGUAGCAAUUUAUUGGCCAAUAACAAACCCUUAAAUGAAAUUCAAAGUCACAACAAAUCAAUCAUUGACCUGCUAAAUUAAGAGAUAUCGUGAACAAAAAAAAAAAGUGUAUGACUUUGUGUAAGCAAGUUUGAAGUAACUGGUGAGCUACCAUUAGUUAGAUAGUUGAACCAACAAAGCAGGUUGGUUAAGAAACUUGCACUACUAAUAAUAACCAAUCCUAAUAUGUUUCUGUGAUUCCGAGCAUUCGUUCCUUGCAACAAUAGAAAAUGGGAGCAGGGAAAGAAGAAAAGGAGGAAAUCAUUGAAGUAAUUACUGCCAUUUACAAAGUUAAUUUGCAUUGCCCUAAAUGUGGGAGCAAUAUCAAGAAGCAUCUCCUCACUAUUGAAGGGGUGCACAGUGUUGAAAUAGAUACUGAGAAAGGGGAGAUCAAAGCAAAAGGAAAAUUAGAUCCUCUGAAAAUAUUGAAGAUUAUAGAGAAGAAAAGCAAGAGAAAAGUUGAAUUAAUAUCACCAAAGAUCAAGCCCAAGGAGAAUAUUCCCACGGAUUCAAAGCCAAAGGAAAAGAAAGAACCAAUUGUACGGACAAUUACGGUGAAGACGCACAUGCAUUGUGACAAAUGUGAAGCUGAUCUCAGAACCAUGUUGCUGAAGCAUAAAGGUAUUUUCAAUGUUAAAAUAGACAAGAAAGUGCACACUGUUACAGUUGAAGGCACAAUUGAAGAAGAGAAGUUGAUAUCAUUCAUGAAAAAAAAGGUGCACAAAAAUGCAGAGGUUAUUUCCAUAAAGGAAUUGAAAAUGGUGGAGAAAAAAGAAGUCAAAGAAGAAGGAGAAAAAUCUGGUGAAUCAACAAAGAAGAAAGAUGGCGAAACAACAAAGGAAAAAGAUGAGACUAAGACAAAAGAGAAUGUUCCUUAUUUCAUUCACUAUGUUUAUGGUCCUCAGCUUUUUAGUGAUGAGAAUCCAAAUUCUUGUUCUAUUUUGUAGUUGGAGUAUAUUUAAAGUGAUAUAAAGAAAUUAUUUUAUCUUGCGUAAAUAAGUAAAUA